AUGGCUGCCUCCACACUUGUCUACACCUUACUUCUAGCAAGACAAAUAAGUAUUAAGUGUAAGUACUUCGUGAAUUUUGAACUGGCUUACUUUGAACUGGCUUACUUUGAACUGGAUUACUUUGAACUGGAUUACCUUGAACUGGAUUACCUUGAACUGGCUUACCUUGAACUGGCUUACUUUGAACUGGCUUACUUUGAACUGGAUUACUUUGAACUGGAUUACCUUGAACUGGAUUACUUUGAACUGGAUUACCUUGAACUGGCUUACUUUGAACUGGAUUACUUUGAACUGGCUUACCUUGAACUGGAUUACCUUGAACUGGACUUCCAUACACUGAAGCAAGAACCAGUGAAGCAAGAACCAGUGAAGCAAGAACCACUGAAGCAAGAACCCGUGAAGCAAGAACCACUGAAGCAAGAACCACUGAAGCAAGAACCCGUGAAGCAAGAACCAGUGAAGCAAGAACCACUGAAGCAAGAACCCGUGAAGCAAGAACCACUGAAGCAAGAACCCGUGAAGCAAGAACCACUGAAGCAAGAACCCGUGAAGCAAGAACCACUGAAGCAAGAACCACUGAAGCAAGAACCCGUGAAGCAAGAACCAGUGAAGCAAGAACCAGUAACCGGUUCCAAGUCUCUCCAGACAAGACAACCUCUAACAAAGCCCACCACAAAGUGA